UGCGGAGGAGAUUCAGAAACCAAAAGUGUUGUUGUUGAAGGAAGGGCAGAAGGUUUCCAGGACAAGAUGGCGGGAUUUGCGAGUCGUGCUGACGGAUCAAGUAACGACGAUGGUAGCGAGAAAUCUACACCUUCAAAAGAAUCACGAAAGCCAGGAAAUUCCGAUUUUAAGCAGCAAAGAUUAAAAGCGUGGCAGCCAAUCCUGACUGCAUCAUCUGUUCUGCCAGUUUUCUUUUUCAUCGGAGUAGUAUUCGUCCCUAUUGGAAUUGGUUUGUUAGUUACUUCGAACAAGGUUAAAGAGAAAACAAUAGAUUACACUGAUUGCAAUGGAUGUGACAAGACACUGGUCACUGAAAAGAAUUUCACCAAGCCAUGUUAUUGCACCUUGAAGUUCAAACUGGAUACUGCAUUUGAUAGCAAAGUAUACCUUUACUAUGGUCUGUCAAACUUUUAUCAGAAUCACAGAAGAUAUGUGCGAUCUAGAGAUGAUUCACAACUACAUGGGGACUUGAAGAUGAAAGUGGCUGGUGAUUGUUCACCAUUUGAUAAAGCCAAUGUCAUGGUAAACAAUCAGAGUGUGAGCAAGCCAGUAGCGCCAUGUGGAGCAAUUGCCAACAGCCUUUUUAAUGAUACUUUUGUGCUGUACCAAAUAAACAGCACCAAACAAAGGACCCAUAUUCCUCUGUCUGGCAAAAACAUUGCAUGGAAAAGUGAUGUCAAUGACAAGUUCAAAAAUCCAUCUGGAAACAUAGUGGAGAAGUUGAAGCCGUUUGCAAAGCCAUCCUUUUGGCAAAAGAGUAUCGCUGAGAUUGAAGGAUAUUUCAAGAAUGAAGCUUUCAUUGUAUGGAUGAGAGUUGCUGCCUUCCCUACGUUUCGAAAACUGCACAAAAUAAAGGAAGGUGGAUUGUCAGCUGGCGAAUAUGAAAUUGAUGUUACAUACAAUUAUCCUGUAUCUGCUUUCAAAGGUGAAAAGCGUGUGAUUUUGUCAACAUCAACCUGGAUUGGUGGAAAGAACCCAUUUCUUGGUAUUGCCUAUAUCGUUGUUGGCUGUAUAUGCAUAAUUUGUGGUGCAGUUUUCUUGUUUGUCCACUUGAAAGUGCGAACAAGGGCCUUGAAGAAUCUGUAAAUCUGUUCAAAGCUUGGUGUGAAAUUUGGUCAGAGCGUAUAUUGUAUAUCGUUGGGAUAUUUAAUUUUGAGUAAGAUUAAUUGAGGCAAUAUUGCGAAUGUACCCUCUGUUUAGAAUUUUAUCAUACGAACAUAUUUGAACGUUUAUUGAAUGUCAAGCUUAGAAUUGUUUCUUUGCAAUAGGGAUAUGUUCGAAUAAGCGGCUUAAGGUUGUUUCUAUAUGAAGCAAGGAGUCUCUGUGCACUUGUCUUGGAAUAUGUUGACAAAAUACUAUAAUUUGGCGAGUGGUCUGUCGGAAACGUGUAGAGUCUUUGCUUUUGUGGGUUGUCUAGCCUUAAGCAUUUAUUAAUAGUAAGCUAUUGGAAGAGGGGCUAGCCUAGGCCUCUAGAUAAACAAAAUAUUCAUGCAACUUCCAUAAGAGGUGAUAACUAAGAAUUUUCAAAACGCAAUUCAUUUUUAACUUUUUCGAGAUAAAUGUUCCGGGCAACGAUCUACGGAAAUGCUUUAAAAUUAGAUGCUUGACAAGUUUAUUUACAAAAGUAUAAAUGCUUUUGCAAAUAGUAUUAAUGGCGGGUGAGGCUGCGUGGUGAUCAGUUAAAACGUAACUAAUUCAUACCUUCUUUUGGUUUUUCGAUUUAUUAAAUUUGAUGCGAGUUGAGGUAUUUUGCACCUGUUUGUGGGAAAUUAGGCUGGACUGUUUAGAUUUUCAGUUAGUUGAAGUCUGUUUAUCAAAUUUAGAGCCUAAAUGCCGUGUAAAUACCCAAAUUAUGUCGCAGCUAUUGGCCAUGGAUUGAUUACCUGUUACCAGAUGACUUCAAGAUAGGUGAAAAGGAUCAUGGUAGAUAUUGUCAUGACAACGACCGGCUGGAAUAUCGCUAGUAAGAGGUAGAAAAGUAGCUUUGCAGAGUAAUCUUGCAACUGCUUUAGGGCUAGAGUUUACCCCUAACAAAACAAAUUGUCUGGUAUCAGAACCAAUUCUAGCUUACACUGCGAACUGCGAACAUCCAGUAUUUUACCACAGUGCUUUCAGGAAACACAUUUUGUUUAUUAAUUUGUUUAUUCGUGUGAUGUUCUGGAAUUUCGAGUUUAUAUUUGUCGUGUUUAAAUUUGUGAGAUUUUACGUUUAGAAUUAAUUAGAAAAAUUACAGUUUAUUGAUUUCAUUGUAAAUUUACAACCGCUCUUGCCACUUGCACUGUUUGAUGAGUAAAAAAGUUGCAGAUAUAUCUAAAAACCGCUGAAGACCUUUGUCAGUAGCACUUGAACAGAAAUGAGAAGCAGAUUGUAAAAAGUAUUUGAAAAUUGUUAUGAAUCCACUUACAAACUUAGCACAGUUGAUUGAAUUCAUUAUUGUUAACAAUUAAA